AUGUGCUGCGAUGAGACCUGUGCCCAUGUGGACUGCAAAAAGGGAUACAAGAGCAGGGGGGCCUCGGUUCAUUCCAUUUCAGAAGAUGAAUGCUGCGAAAUAACUUGUGAGCUGUUCAGCUGCCCUGGCAAUUGGAGCCAGAAGCCAGGACCCGUGAGGGUUGGCCACGACCAAGACACCUGCUGUGCUCCUCAUUGUGCCCUGUUCAACUGCGAAGCACUUGGAUGGGAACCAAACCUGGCAGCUCUCCGCCGUAUUGGGAACAGCAAGGCAGAGUGCUGCAAGAAGACAUGUACUUCGUGGACAUGUCCCGCCGGCUACGCUGUUCCGGAGAGCAAGUUGCACAUAGAGCUCCCCAAUGAUGACAGAUGCUGCGAACAAAAAUACUGCUCAGCAUUUAAAUGUGGCACAGGUUGGAAGCGCAACGACACGGCAAAAGAUGAUAUUGGCCGUUCGAAUGAAGAGUGCUGCAUUGCAACAUGUUCUGUUUACGAGUGUGACGCUUCGGCUGGGUGGGCAAACUCACCUUCAAAGAGCCACCUUCUUGGGGAUGAUGCACAAACGUGCUGUGAGCCGGCUUGCAGCAAUCACACAUGCACCAACGCGGGCUGGGUGCCCAACAAGCUUGUCCAGAGCAAGCCUGGUCAAACAGAUGCGGUUUGCUGCUUGAAGUCUUGCCAUUUGCAUGAGUGUCGGGAAUCCAUUGGGUGGAAGACCAAAGCAGAUGCGGCGGCCUUGCCAGCAGAUAGUGAUGCCACCUGUUGUUUGGCAACGUGCAAGCGUUUUUCCUGCAGCGCUGGAUGGGUUCCCAACCAGGAGGUCUCGGACAAGGUCGGAAAAAGCGAAGAUGAGUGUUGCUUGAAAACCUGCGAGAAGUUCGCUUGCGAUGCGUCGAAUGGAUGGCUUCAGGAUCCCGAGGCCGUGCACAAGGUUGGCAAUAAUGAGUCGUUCUGCUGGGUGACGGACCAGUCCAAGCUGAGCAGCCCUGGCGACACUGACGAAGAGUGCAAGAAGCGAGUGACCAUGUGGCACAAGGAAGCUAAGGGCAUGGCACCAUCUGGGUUUGACGGCAGACCAGUCAACAGUGCCGUGCUCGACGAAGGCAGCAUUACUGACUGCCAAACUUUUUGCGCCGCUGAUCCCAACUUGCUCGGCAUGGGCUUUGCUGGCAAAUCCUGCUCGUGCUACACUGCGGAUCUUAGCAUACCACUCUACGCGACCGCUUCGAAGAUCGAGGGGGACGCGUACAUCGAGUCCUGGCAGUCUCCGCAGGUCAUUUCCGACGACUACACGUGCAAUGAUGAUGUUGCCAACCUUGCCUUGAACAAAAACGUUUCCUCCAACUCUUGGUCCGCAAAAAGCACCAAAGAGGGCAAGAUCAGCCAUCCUACUUUGGCGGUUGAUGGGAAGUCGGACAGGCUGCUUUCGAAGGGCUGGGUGUCUGCUUGCAACCUCAAAAAAGCACAGGUCUGCUCUUCCGGAGAGGCAGAGGGCUGCCAAGAAGAUCUUCACGACUGGCAGCCUGAGGAAGACAAGCCAUACCUGGAGAUUGACAUGGGCAGGCUUGUGAAGGUGAAUCACCUCAAAGCCACUAACUUUGAGGAUCUGGACAGCAGGACACGUGAGUGGUCGCUUCAAUCUUCCCUCACGGGGAAAACCUUCCGGAAGAUCUUGCAUGGAAACGCCACAAGCCAUGCCACAUGGGACGAGGCCAUUCCAGCUGGAUCUGUUGGCCGCUACUUCAGAUUUGUCCUAGAGAUGCCGCGGGGCGGAAAGAUGUGUCAAGGAUUGAUUGAGCUGGAGCUGCACGGUCACGACAAUUGCGUCUCCAAGAAUGGUCCUGCAUUGGUCAAGAAGCCGGACAUCGACGAUGUUCCUGGCAACACUGAUGAGACGUGCUGUGAGCCCGCAGAUUGCCAGGCAUGGCCUCGCAAGUUGAUCGAAGCAAAGGAUGGUUGCGAACGCGUUCCCAUCAACGACGACUGCAAUGGGAUGUACGAGAAGUCGAGGUUACCAGACGGCUCAAAUGCCUUUCGCCGAUGUGCAUAUUCAUAUGCUGCUGGCCAAGUCUUUGGGUGUGGCUCGCUGGAUAAGUCCCAGCUGACCUGUAGCCGCUGA